AUGGACCCGCGAGCUAUCCCACAAAUUUUAAACUUGUUUGGAGUUACCUAUCCGCGUGCCCUUCCUUCCAGAGACGAACAGCCGUUGAUAAACCCAGCAUCAACGGCCAAGAUCUUCUCUUUUCAUCGUCCCAAAUAUUUCCCAAAUUUUCACAAUUCCCGCUUUUUCCCCCUUCCCAUCCCAAAUUCUCCCCACCCUUUAUAUUCACACAAACACCACCUCCCUUCAACAAUUCAAAUCAACGCAACCCCUAAUUUCCCUCAUAUUCAAUUCCAAUCCUUAAUUCUCUCUCAUUUUCAUACAAUUCCAAUGGCCCGUACCAAACAAACAGCUCGCAAAUCCACCGGAGGCAAAGCACCAAGGAAACAGCUCGCAACAAAAGCCGCCCGGAAAUCAGCUCCGGCAACCGGAGGAGUCAAGAAGCCACACAGAUUCAGGCCAGGAACAGUUGCACUCAGAGAAAUCAGAAAGUACCAAAAGAGCACCGAGCUCCUCAUAAGGAAGCUUCCGUUCCAGAGACUUGUUAGGGAAAUCGCUCAGGAUUUCAAAACCGAUCUUCGAUUUCAAAGUAGUGCAGUCUCCGCUCUUCAAGAAGCCGCCGAAGCUUACCUCGUUGGUUUGUUUGAAGAUACUAACCUUUGUGCCAUUCAUGCUAAGAGAGUUACUAUUAUGCCUAAGGAUAUUCAACUUGCAAGAAGAAUCAGAGGCGAGAGGGCUUAGAUUUAGGUCACUCUAUGAUCCUUUUCUUUAGCGUUAGGUUUAUAAUCUCGAUGUUGCUUUUGUAUUUUGUUUUGAAGAUUAAUCUAUUGUUCUGAUGUAAUGAUGCUAUCAUCCACAAUGUUUUAGUAUCAUAGCUAUGCAUAGCUUUGAUUUGGAAUUUAGCGUUGUUUUUAUUAUUUGCAUUUGCGUAUAAAUUGAAUUUCAUUUUCUAUGA